GCCCCGCCCCCGCUCGGCUCAACGCCAGGGGACGCUCGAGGGUUGGGUCUCCUUGGCAACUACUUGCUCCGCCCCCUCCGCCCCUUUAACCUUUAGGGUGCACGGGCGCUGUGUCCUUCGCACUCUUUCCCCUUUCCCCCUCCCUUUUCCCCACCCCCUUUACCCCAGGAGUCCGGGCCGGAAGUGAAGAUGGCGGCGGCGGCGCCUGCUGGCGCGGCUUCGGCGGAGCUGGUGAUCGGCUGGUGUAUAUUCGGCCUCUUACUACUGGCUAUUUUGGCAUUCUGUUGGAUAUAUGUUCGUAAAUACCAAAGUCAGCGGGAAAGUGAAGUUGUCUCCACCAUAACAGCAAUUUUUUCUCUGGCGAUUGCACUUAUCACAUCAGCACUUCUACCAGUGGAUAUAUUUUUGGUUUCUUACAUGAAAAAUCAAAAUGGUACAUUUAAGCAUUUCUGUAGUGAAAAUAGUUUUAUGCAUAUUUGGGUAAGAUUAUACAAUCCUGGUGACAGGAUUCUCCUAAUUGAGGAGAACCUCCUUUGGGCCAUUAACCAGAUUUAUUUUCUUUUUUGUAGUGCUUUUGUUCCUCUGAAUGUUCCUAAUAAUAAAAAUUCUACAGAGUGGGAAAAAGUGAAGUUCCUGUUUGAAGAACUUGGAAGUAGUCAUGGUUUAGCUGCAUUGUCAUUUUCUAUUAGUUCUCUGACCUUGGUUGGAAUGUUGGCAGCUAUAACUUACACAGCCUAUGGCAUGUCUGCAUUACCUUUAAAUCUAAUAAAAGGCACCAGAAGUGCUGCUUAUGAACGUUUAGAAAACACUGAAGACAUUGAAGAAGUGGAGCAGCACAUUCAAACGAUUAAAUCAAAAAGCAAAGAUGGUCGACCUUUGCCAGCAAGGGAUAAACGCGCCUUAAAACAAUUUGAAGAAAGGUUACGAACACUUAGGAAAAGAGAGAGGCACUUAGAAUUCAUUGAAAACAGCUGGUGGACAAAAUUUUGUGGUGCUCUGCGUCCCCUGAAGAUCAUUUGGGGAAUAUUUUUCAUCUUAGUUGCUUUGCUGUUUAUAAUUUCUCUCUUCCUGUCAAAUUUGGAUAAAGCCCUUCAUUCAGCUGGAAUAGAUUCUGGUUUUAUAAUUUUUGGAGCUAACCUGAGUAAUCCACUGAAUAUGCUUUUGCCUGUACUACAAACAGUGUUUCCUCUUGAUUAUGUUCUUAUAACAAUUAUUAUUAUGUACUUUAUUUUUACUUCAAUGGCGGGAAUUCGAAAUAUUGGCAUAUGGUUCUUUUGGGUUAGACUAUAUAAAAUUAGAAGAGGUAGAACCAGGCCCCAGGCACUCUUAUUUCUUUGCAUGAUACUUCUGCUUAUUGUCCUUCACACCAGCUACAUGAUUUAUAGUCUUGCUCCCCAAUAUGUCAUGUAUGGAAGCCAAAAUUACUUAAUAGAGCUUGCUUUGGCAGUUAUAUUGAAUAUGAAUGCCAGGUACACGGGUACUUUGGAAUACUCAGGCUUAUCUAAUGGAAAAAGUGACAAAUUGAAUACAGGCAUACCUCGUUUUAUUGCGCUUCACUCUUGGUCUUUAGUUUUGGUUAAUAAUCUUUUAGAUAAAUUUUUAAUAGUCCAUUUCAAGAAAGAAACUAUCUCACUAUUGUCCUUUAUUUGCUUUAUAGAUCAGUGUACUGUUACCCGGACAUACCUGUUCCUUCACAAGUUCUGGUUCUUUAGUGCCGCGUACUAUUUUGGUAACUGGGCCUUUCUUGGGGUAUUCUUGAUUGGAUUAAUUGUAUCCUGUUGUAAAGGGAAGAAAUCAGUCAUUGAAGGAGUAGAUGAAGAUGAUUCAGACAUAAGUGAUGAUGAGCCCUCUGUCUAUUCUGUUUGACAGCCUCUGUCUUAGGGGUUUUAUAAGGCUGACUGAAUGUCUAUUAUGCAUUUUUAAAGUGUUAAACUAACAUUAGGAUGAACUGACCAGCUUUCAUCAAAAAUGGGAGCAUGGCUAUUAAAUAAACUAUAUUUUUUAUGUUAUCUGAAGUAACAUUGUAUCAUAGAUUAACAUUUAAAAUUGCUAUAAUAAUUCUAUGUAAAUAUAAAACUGUGAACUUUGUGAGGGAAUGUUUGUGGAAAUUUUUUUUCUCUAGUGUAUAAUAGUGUUGAAUUGAUUAAAAAUCUUCCAGAAUUAAUAUUCCCUUUUGUCACUUUUUAAAAACAUAAUAAAUCACUUGUAUCUGUGCCUUUGGGUCUCUAGAGUAAUGUGGAAUUCUAAAGUGUCUAUAACUGAUUGUCUAAAUAUAAUACAAUAUAGCUGAUAAAUAAAUGUUACUCCUCUAUGCAA